AUGAACCUUCGCUCACAACGAACACCGACGACGUCGUCAACGACCCAAGCCAGCGUCGUCGUAUCAGCCAGAAGACCAACUGCCAAGUCGAGACGGUUAAGCAAUGCCUCGGAAAGUUUGUACGAAGUACGAAUGGGAUCCCCCGUCGACUAUUCGGCAGAUAACGAUUCAAGGGAAGACGAAAGCAUAGUCUACCAGACUACCGUGCCUAGUCAAGAUCCGGCUGGGAAUUACCACCUUCAACAGCAGGACGAAGCGCGAAAACCCCCGCAACACCAAUAUCCCUGGGGGAGUGUGGAAGAAUCCCAGUGUUUGCGUGUCCACGAGGUCUCCGCAAACUUGAUCCCGUGUCGAAAUCUGGUUGCGGCACUCCGAGAUGAGAGCAUCGGUCCGGCCGCGUUCCAGCAGCGAGCCACGCGUUUGCUGCGUGUUUUGGCUAAAGAAUCAUUCGCUCAGUUGCCGGUCGAGGAGAAAGUGGUGAUGAAUCGACGUGGAGAUGUGUGCCACGUGAAGAAGAUGAUGUAA